CGAAACUCCAUCAUCAUCCUCACCGCAGAAAAUCCCCAAUCCGCUGCUUCUGUCUCUUAAUCAUAACCAUGUCCUCCAUUCUCAUCCUUCUCUUCUCUCUCUUCCUCUUCUCCUCUCCCUCCUCCUCCUCCCGUCACCACCACCACCACAAUUCCCGCCAAUCACCCUCCGGCGACACUUCUCCGGUCAAUCCUUCGCCGUCUCAGAUCCGUCUCGCUUGUAACGCAACUCGUUACCCAGACCAAUGCGUCUCUUCACUAUCCGAACCGGGUCGGGUUCCUCCGGAUCCUAAACCAAUCCAGAUCAUCCACUCAGCGAUCUCAAUCUCAUUCCAAAACCUCAAAACCGCCCAAUCAAAAAUCAAGUCUAUCGUAGACUCGUCCGUAGGGAAUCUAAACCGUACAAACGCCGCGAACACGUGUCUCCAGCUUCUCACUUACUCCGAGCACCGCACUCAAUCGACGGACCAAGCUUUGACACGUGGCAAAAUCAAAGAUGCUCGAGCUUGGAUGAGCGCUGCUCUAGUGUACCAGUACGAUUCAUGGUCAGCGCUCAAGUACGUCAACGACACGAGCCAAGUCGGUGAAACGAUGUCGUUUCUAGACGGACUUAUCCACGUCACCAGCAACGCGCUUAGCAUGAUGGUAUCGUACGAUAACUUCGGAGACAACGUCGCGUCGUGGACUUCCCCAGCAACGGAACGUGACGGGUUCUGGGAAAAGACUGGGCCGGGUUUGGGCUCGGAUCCGAGUACAGGGCUUAAUUUGGGUUUUCCUACCGGUUUAAAAGAAGACGUGACGGUGUGUAAAGACGGAAAAUGCAGUUACAAGACGGUGCAAGACGCCGUUAACGCCGCGCCGGAGGAUAACGGAAUGCGGAAGUUCGUUAUAAGGAUUAGCGAAGGAGUCUACGAAGAGAACGUUAUUGUUCCGUUUGAGAAGAAGAACGUUGUGUUUAUCGGUGACGGUAUGGGUAAAACGGUCAUUACAGGUUCGUUAAACGCCGGUAUGCCUGGGAUCACUACGUACAACACUGCAACUGUCGGAGUGGUAGGAGAUGGAUUCAUGGCUCGUGAUCUAUCGUUCCAGAACACGGCGGGACCAGACGCUCAUCAAGCGGUGGCGUUUAGAUCCGACAGCGAUUUUUCUCUGCUCGAGAAUUGUGAGUUCCUUGGGAACCAAGACACUCUCUAUGCCCAUGGUCUUCGUCAGUUCUACAAAAACUGCCGUAUCCAAGGAAAUGUUGACUUCAUCUUUGGCAAUUCAGCUGCUGUCUUCCAAGACUGCGAAAUCCUAAUUGCACCGCGUCAACUUAACCCCGAAAAGGGAGAGAAAAACGCAGUCACUGCCCAAGGAAGAAUCGACCCGUCACAGUCCACGGGCUUCGUGUUUUUGAACUGUUUGAUUAACGGAACAGAGGAGUACAUGAAGCUGUUUAAAGCUAACCCUAAGGUGCAUAAGAACUUCUUGGGGAGGCCAUGGAAAGAUUACUCGAGGACUGUGUUUAUAGGCUGUAAUUUAGAGGCUUUGAUUACUCCUGAUGGAUGGUUACCGUGGAGCGGGGAUUUCGCGCUGAAGACGCUUUAUUACGGUGAAUCUAAGAACACGGGUCCGGGAUCAGAUAGGUCACAAAGGGUUUCAUGGAGCAGUGAGAUACCGGACGAGCAUGUUCAUGUGUAUUCGCUGACUAACUUUAUUCAGGCUGAUGAGUGGGCUUCCAUGUCUGCUUAACUCAAUCUUAAGACUAUAAAAGGUUUAGGAAUGUUUUAAAAGAAGAAAUCCUUCUCAUUGUACUUUAAUCGAUAAAGUGUUUUAAACAUAAAAGCAAAGAUUGCAUUCAUGUUAUAUCAAUAGAGAGUUCAUAGUCUUAGGACUAAUUGAAGUAAAACAAUAAAGUUUCAAAUUUUAA